GUCAUUUUCCUUUUUGUUUUCCUUUUUUCUCUCUUUCUCUCGCUGUAGUUUUAUUCAACAAUGAACGUUGAUAAUCAAAGUUCAAAUUAAUUUUCUUAAUUAAAAUUAUAUAUAUUCUACAUUUACAAAAAAACAAAAAACAGUGAAAUGCCUCUUCUUUCAUCUUAUUUAGAUGGAAUAAUUUUUAUUCUACUGACAUUAAUAGUUGGAGUUUAUUUCUAUUUGACUCGUAAUUUUAAUUAUUGGAAAAAUCGUGGCGUCGUUGAAAUUUCGCCGCAUGUAAUUUUCGGUAAUUUUACAAAGUGUUGGACAUUAAAAUUAUCACCUGGUUAUUUAUUGAAAAAAUUUUACGAAGAAAAUGAAAAUUCACCUUAUGUGGGAAUUUAUAUUUUUGAUAAACCGUGUUUACUUGUUCGCGAUCCGGAAAUAAUAAAACGAAUUCUAAUAAAAGAUUUUAAUAUUUUUUCCAAUAAAUUGAUGCGUUCAAGUGAAAAUGAUAAAUUAAGUAAUAAUUGCAUUUUUUUAAUUGAAAGUCCAAAGUGGAAAUAUUUUAAAUCAAAUUUAUCGAAUUUAUUUACAUCGAGGAAAUUGAAGAAUAUAUUUGAAUAUUUACAAGAUGUGAGAGAAGAUUUGAAUUUUUAUUUGGAUUCACUGAAUUUAACUUUUGAAAAACGAGUAAACGUGAAGGAACUUUGUGCUAAAUUUACAAUUGAUGUCGUUGGACUCACUGUAUUGGGUUUAAAAUUAAAUUGCCUUCGUAAUUCUAAUGCGGAAUUUCAAAAAAUUGUCAAAAGAAAAAUGACAGGUGUUUCAAAUUUACGACGAGCUAUUGAAGUCACAUCGAUAUGUUUAAUGCCGGAAAUUACAAAUUUUUUUGAUUUUCGAUUUUUUGAAAAUGAUGGGAUUGAAUUUUUCAAAAAACCCUUUCAAGAAUCGUUGAGUGAACGAAAAAAAUUAAAAAUUAAACGACAUGAUUUAAUGGAUUUAUUGAUUCAAUUGAGAGAGAAUAAUAAAAAUGAUUCACUGGAAUAUGAUUUAAAAUUGGAAGAAAAUGAUUUAUUGUCUCAAGCGAUGAUAUUUUUUCUCGCUGGUUAUGAUUCUUCUGCGUUAACAAUGUCAUCGACUUUAUACGAAUUAGCCCGAAAGCCAGAUAUUCAAAAUAAAUUAAGAGGCGAAAUUAAUGAAUCACUUUUGAAAAAUAAUGGAAAAAUUACAUACAAUAUGAUAACUGAUUUACCAUAUUUGGAGAUGGUGAUUUUGGAAACUCUAAGAAUGUAUCCAGUUUUGCCGAUAAUUGAUCGAAUCGCUGUAAAUGAUUAUAAAAUUGAAGAAACUGGUCUAUUAAUUGAAAAAGGAACGCCAAUAUUGAUUCCAAUGCUUGGUUUACACUAUGAUAGAAAUUAUUUUUCAAAUCCUAAUGAAUACGAUCCGGAAAAUUUUUCCGAUUUCAAUAAAUCAUCAAGAAAUCCUUACGUCUUUAUGCCCUUUGGAAUUGGUCCUCGAAGUUGUAUAGGAAUGCGCCAAGGACUUUUACAAUCGAAAUUGGGCAUUGCUCAAAUAAUUUCAAGAUUUGAAGUCUCUCUUGCAAAUGAUUCCUCAGCGGAAAUUGAUCCAAAAGGAUAUUUUACAUUAUUCAAAGAAGAUCUAUUCUUGAAUAUGAGAAAAAUUUAAAUCUUUUAACUUUACUAUAUAUAAAUAUAUUUUCUUUAGCAACAAAAAAUAAUUCAUAAUAUUUUUCCUUUUAAUAAAAAUUAAAAUUGUAGAAUUUUUUAAAUUUAAAUAA